AUGUUUGAUACACCAGAAGCCACCACUAAUAUUGAUGAUCGAGACAAGACAUCUGCUGCAGCAGGUGUGCAAGUUUUUCACAGACGAGUAUAAGUAUUAUUAUUAAUCAUGUUCUAUCGAUAUUGUGCGUCGUUUAAUAAAAAAAAAAACGUCAUCAAAAACGUUUGUUUCACUUGAAGUGUUAGUAUUGCAACGCCAUUGUUUAAUGGCGACUUUUUCUUUACAGUCAAAUAGUAGAUGGAUUUUUUUUUUCCGCUUUUGAGUACUCGACGUGGUAUUAAUAUUGAAAAACGCGUACUCGACAAAUAAAAAAAAAGUAAACGGUGAGAAACAUUCUAUUUUUCGCCGCGCGUCUCUCGCACGGCAGUAUUUCGAUUCCGGCCGCGAAUAAUAUCGCCGCCCGUCACUACAGACGCGUUCUAAAGAAUCGCGCCUUCGGAACGAUUUUCAUUGAAAAAUAAUGACGAUAAUAAUAAUAACAAUUUCAGUUGCCUAGUUGCCGAUUGUUUUUUUUUUUUUUUUUACACCGUAUUGAAAUAUAACGCCGGAAAGAAAUAUUUCCGUGCGCGAUUCGCGUUCCGAAAACCGUGUCCACCAUGACGUGCUGUAGACAUUGCGACGGUCCGGAGCCGCGGUCCGUCGCCAAAACGACACCGGCCGCUCCGCGGUGGUCUCGCUCGACCUGGCCGCGCCCGCGAAAUGGACCGCCGGACGUCCGGCGAUAUUCGUCGGUCCGGGCGGAUUGGACGGCGAAUACCUGUCCAACUCGGUGCCGCGAUGCGCAUACUCGGUGGCGCGCGCCGACGGUGCCGGACCGACGGUCGAGCGGCCUGCGCCCCGGCCCGCGGAUGCGGAUCUCGACGAACCGGCCGCCACGCCGUUGCCGAUCGCCGACUUCGCGGCGCGCCCGCGACUUGGUGGAUGGGGGAUCGAGAAAAAUGCGAGCCGUCAUUUUUCGCUAGGCUCAUACGGCCGGCGACGCUGA